CAGAGUCACACAGGACGUCCUCAGAGUCACACAGGACGUCCACAGAGUCCCACAGGUGUCACUAUGAAGUCCAAACUGUUCAUCUUUGUUUUUCUGUAUCUUCUCAAAGAUGUGAAAAGUGAGAGUGUGGAGGUGUUUGCUGAGGUCGGGUCUCGGGCCGUUCUGCCGUGCAGGUCGACCCCCCAGACGGUGUCUCCUGCCAUAACAUGGAGCAACAGCAAAGGUUCUAUCUGGAGGAUGCUGGGCAGUGGUGUGCGUUUCUGGAGCUCCAGUUGGGCGUCUCGUGUCAGAUGCCCUCACACACACUUCCAUCUCGGGGACUACAGUCUGGAGAUACUGGGCGUGCGGCAGGAGGACGGCGGCUCGUACUUCUGCCUCCUGGAGCUGGGCCAACGCCGGACGCUGCAGGUCACAGAGGUCACGCUCAGGGUCGUUAAAGUCUCGAUUUCACCCGCGGUUCCUGUGAUCGGUCAGAGCGUGUCGAUUCGCUGCGACGUGAGCGGAGGGGAGGGGCCAAGUGAAGGGGAGGGGCCACGUGGACCAACGGUGCGCUGGAUGCUCAACGGAAGGCCGUACGGCUCCAGAAGAAUCCGAGGAGUCCAGAACAACGAGCUCAAGGUCACGGCUUCAGAGAAAGUGACGGGAAACUGGACGUGUCUCCUGAACGACGGGAACGCAGACGGGAGGGCAUCCGGGCGUUUGGGCGUGGAGGGUAUCAUCCGUCCUCCAGGUGACGGCGCUCGGGUGUUCGCGGCGGUGGGCGUGGCCGUCUCUCUCCCCUGCGUCUUCGCCGAAGGGCUCGCCCCCUCCGAUGCAUUCUGGGAAAGAUUACCGACCGAAUCCGCCUCCGAACGCGCCGCGGUGAAGCUCCCUCGCGCUUUCUCUCCGCCGCCGUCCUCCGUUUCUUCGCGGGACAAAUCGGCCGCUCUGAGGGAGGUGGAGUUUGAGGACGCGGGGCGGUACAGGUGUUCUGCAUCGGUGCAAGGGCAGAAAACGCAGCGGAGUCUGGAGCUGGUGACGGUCAAAGUCGACGUCGAGGUUUUGUCCGAAGACGCCGUUAAACUGACGUGUCGACUCAGCGACCCGAGCGCCGUCAGAGAGUACGAGUGGAUCAACGCGACCUUUGACCUGGACGGGAUGGAGUCCACGGGGUCGGGGCAGAAAGGUCAAAGCGUCAACGUGAGUCGAACAUCAGGAGGACGAUGGACGUGUCGCUUCUACGGGAAACAAGGGCUUCUGGGAAAUGUAACGCAUGACAUUUACAGCAUGGAGGGCCACAGGGGGGCGACACCGGCCCCUGUGUCACGCCGCAUGUCCCAUAAUGCCGUUCUGCUCCUGGUGGGGCUGUUUGUGGUGGCGCUCGUCCUUCUGCUUGUUCUGAUCCAGAUGUACAGAAACCAGCUCAGGAGUAAAAAGGCUUUCCGGUUCCUCGCUCUGGAGACGGUGCUUCAUGCUGGUUCAGUGGAGCGAGAGCUGAAGGAGAGGAGCCCAGUCCCGAAGUGAACCUGCCUCUGUCUUUAUAUGAAUUAUGUAAGAAUAUUUGCACAAACAUGUAUCAUAAAUGUUGUAAUAGUGUAACUUUAUAUUAAAACGACUGUGCGCUGCUGUACAUAAGCUCAAAACUGAACGUGUACAUGUGAAAUCUGUGUAAAAUAAUGUUUAAUAAAGUAAAAACAU